AUGGAUAAAAACACCUACACUACACUCACACUUCUUCUACUGGUGACAUAUGUGAGCAGCACGUUAGGACAGUCAUGUGAAGGACGGUGCAUGGACAUGUCCACUUCCUGUUCCUGUCUGUCCACCUGUGUGUCUCUGAACAGCUGCUGUCCAGACUACAGACAAUUCUGUGUGGAAACUGUCCCAUACUCUGGAUCCAUGUUUGGAGGGAUGGACUUUGUAAUUCUUCAUGCAACUUUCAAUAAGAGUUCACAAAUUAUCUGCAGAUUCAACAGUGACACUGACACUGUGGGGUACGUGGACGAACACGGCAGAGCUCACUGUAUUUCACCUCUACUGUAUGAAACAGGAUGGAUUCAUUUCGAAUUGUCCUCUGACAACGGAACCACGUUUAACAGAGAGGGAGCAUGGUUAUCAGUGCACACAGGAAAGUUGGAUUCUAGCCUCAAAGCGACUCUGGUGAACUCCACCCAGUGGCAGUAUUAUGGGACGCCUAAUGUAGGAGGCAGUCUGCAGAUGGAGUGGAACACGUCUUUGGUCCGAGCGGAGAAGGUCAACAUAGAACUAUGGGGAUACAGAGAGACAGGUGAAGCCUACUCAGAUAACUGGAGGGGGGAGUGGAGGUACCUGUACUCACUGGCCAAAGAUUAUCCAAACAACGGCUCCUUCAGCUUCAUUCCUAAACCAGCACACAAUGGGUUUUCCAGUUGGGAGCUGGGAAAUAUACGUGUCAGCUCCAGCAGUUACCCUGAUGGGAUGAGGAACAUCCAGGCCACAUGGACUGAGGAUCAUGCUCUUGCCUGGCACCUGGAGGAGGCGUUCAGGCAGAACUCUGCAGCUUGGGCCUUGGAGAAAUGUGCUGCAUGGGACCAGCUGGAGAACCAGCUGCCUGACUUCCUGUCUGAGAUCAUCGACUGUCCGUGCACUCUGGCCCAGGCCCGAGCAGACACAGGCAGGUUUCAUACUGACUAUGGCUGUGACAUAGACAGAGGCAGUGUGUGCACCUACCACCCUGGGAGUGUCCACUGUGUGAGGGCCGUCCAAGCCAGUCCGAAGUAUGCAGCGGGGCAGCAGUGUUGCUAUGACAGCACAGGCUCUCAGGUUCUGACGGCGGACUCUAUUGGAGGCAGUACCCCAGACCGGGGCCAUGACUGGGGCUCACCGCCGUACAAAAAGCCCCCCCGCAUCCCUGGACAGUCUCACUGGGUGUAUGAUGUCCUCAGCUUUUACUACUGCUGCCUGUGGUCCGACAACUGCCACUACUACUUUAAGCAUCGGCCGUCCAGCGACUGCAGACGCUACCAGGCCCCCAGCUCAGCUGUGGUGUUUGGAGAUCCUCACUUCAUCACAUUUGAUGGCGUCAGCUUCUCCUUUAAUGGUAAAGGAGAAUACACCUUAGUGACAUCAGCAGAUAAACAGCUGAUGAUCCAAGGCAGAACAGAACCUGUGAAUGAGGGAACAAAGGCCACUAAACUGUCAGCUGUAGCCAUGCAGGAAGCAUCAUCUGAUGUUAUCGAGGUGCGUCUGGUCGGUGGAAACGACCACCUGGAGGUUCUGCAGAAUCAAAAACGUCUGUCCUUCACUGAGCAGAGCUGGAUGGACCUCAAAGGUGUGUUUGUCUUUUCUCCGUUGUCUUCAAAUGUGACGGUGAUGUUUCCCACUGGAGCUGGAGUGGAGGUGCGUCUACGGGAGGGGACCAUGACGACCACUGUCCUCCUGCCUGAGGCCUUCAGAGACGCUACACGUGGGCUGUUGGGGAACCUGAAUGGGAACCCUAAAGAUGACCUCACCUUGAACAGCGGUCUACCUGUUCAGAACCAGAGCGACCCACAGGAAGUGUUCAACUUUGGCGCAAGCUGGGCCAUAUCCAAUGAGUCUUCUUUGUUCACCUACGAUUCUGACCUCCUUCUGGAAGAAUAUUUCUUUGCUCCCAAACAUGACCCUGCUUUUAUCCCAGUGUUUUCAGCACCUGAUCAUCCAGACGAUCCACUUCACAGUCAGGCAUCUGAAAUCUGUGUUGGAGAGGGAGCACAGUUCUGUAGGUAUGAUAUCCUGGUAGGUCGGAGUCCACAGAUGGGAAAUGCCACCAGACUGUCUUUUCAGAGUCACAUUUCUCUUGUAGAAGAUUUAAAACCAGUGGUAACUUGUGGCUGGCUCUCACCACCAAACAAUGGAAAAAAAGAAGGGACGACUUAUCUACGAGGAGCUAAGGUCAAUUUUACCUGCGAUGAAGGCUACACUCUCAAAGGCUCAUCGGAGCGGGUUUGUCUGAGGACCGGCCAGUGGUCUGGAGAGGAGACGAGCUGCGUGGUCACCAGUAAUCUCACAGGCAUUGUGGUUGGUUCAGUAAUCGGAGGUCUGACACUGAUCGCAAUUGUGACGAUGAUUGUUCUCCACUCCAGAAAACAGAAAAGAAAAGAGGUAGCACCAGAGGAAGCAGUGGCCAGUGAGGCUUUCUAA